CCUCAGGUGCGGGUGGGCUGGGCCAUACCUGUGGGGACCCAAUGGUCCGGCCUUGCUGCAAGACCUGCUGGCUCUUCGGAGAUGCGCGUCCCGGCUGGCGGCUGAAGAAAAAAGACGGGGUUGCCCCAGGCCCUUGAGCCUCAGCAGCUAGAGAGGAGCCAGCAUGGGCCACGGGCUACAAACACCUUGCCUGCUCCUUUUCACCUGGCUUCCAGCAGGGUGUCUGUCCUUGCUGGUCACAGUUCAGCACACAGAGCGCUAUGUCACCUUGUUUGCCUCCAUCACCCUCAAAUGUGACUACACCACCUCUGCUCAGCUCCAGGACGUGGUAGUGACCUGGCGCUUCAAGUCCUUCUGCAAGGACCCCAUCUUUGACUACUUCUCUGCCUCAUACCAGGCCGCUUUAUCCCUGGGCCAGGACCCUUCCAAUGACUGCAGCGACAAUCAGAGGGAAGUUCGAAUCGUGGCCCAGAGGCGGGGGCAGAGUGAGCCAGUGCUGGGGGUGGAUUACCGGCAGCGCAAGAUCACCAUCCAAAACCGAGCGGACCUUGUGAUUAAUGAGGUCAUGUGGUGGGAUCAUGGGGUAUACUACUGCACCAUUGAGGCUCCAGGAGACACAUCAGGAGACCCAGAUAAGGAGGUGAAGCUCAUUGUCCUACAUUGGCUGACAGUGAUCUUCAUUAUCCUUGGAGCCCUCCUCCUUCUGCUGCUGAUUGGCGUGUGCUGGUGCCAGUGCUGUCCACAGUGUUGUUGCUGCUACAUCCGCUGCCCCUGCUGUCCUACCCGCUGUUGCUGCCCCGAGGAAGCCCUGGCCCGCCACCGCUACAUGAAGCAGGUUCAGGCCCUAGGUCCUCAGAUGAUGGAAAAACCCCUGUACUGGGGGGCGGACAGGAGCUCCCAAGUUUCAUCUUAUGCAAUGAACCCGCUGCUGCAGCGAGAUCUUUCCUUACGGUCCAGCCUUCCACAGAUGCCAAUGACUCAGACGGCUGCUCACCCUCCUGUGGCCAAUGGUGUUCUGGAAUAUUUGGAGAAAGAACUGCGGAACUUCAACCCAGCCCAGCCUCCUGACUUCAAAACCAAGUCUGGCUACCCCUGCAGCAUGCUGUCCUCCCUGGGCUCUGCGGAGGUUGUGGAACGCAGAGUCAUCCACCUGCCCCCGCUGAUCAGAGACCCACUGUCCUCCAGGACCAGCAACUCUUCACACCAGCAGCGGCUCAAUCCUGCUUCUUCUAGACACUGGGAUCUGAGUGAGGGCAGGAGGAAGCGCUAUCACACGGAUUUCCUCCAAGAGCUUCAGGACCAUGGGCUCAGACCCUGGGUCCCAGGGAGAAGGGAGCUGGACCCCCAUUGGAGUGGGAGGCACCACCGCUCUAGGCCCAAGGAGUCCUCCAUGCCCUGGUCAGACUGGGACAGCCUGAGCGAAGGCCCUUCAUCCAGUGAGGGCCCCUGGCCCCCCAGAGGCCCAGAGCGCAGGGAAGGUGCCCAAAGACAUGGGAGACGCAGGCACCGCAGCUACUCGCCUCCUUUGCCCUCUGGCCCCAGUUCUUGGAGCUCUGAAGAGGAGAAAGAGUCACUGCCCAGGAAUUGGGGUGCCCAGCGCCGCCACAGCCACCACCGCCGUUCACAGUCCCCAAACUGGCCUGAGGAGAAGCCACCCAGCUACCGUUCACUGGAUGUCACUCCAGGCAAGAACAACAGGAAAAAAGGGAGUGUGGAGAGGCACUUGGAGAGAGAGAGCUCCCAUAGUGGACGGAGUGUGGUCAUUUAGUCUCCAGGCACAAUGAUGCUUCUUGGAUCCCACGUGUCCUCAGCACUACUAAGAUUGCCAGCUGCCUUGGGAAGAACACUGCACAUCUGUGUCUCACAGCUUAAGCAUAGAUUCUAAGAAUCAAAUGGAAGAGUUUUCAAAAACAGGAGUUCAUAUUACAUGAUCUCUGACUUAAACAGCUAGGAUGUGAUCCCUUGGGAACAUGGUGGCCCAAGUGUUAAGUAGGUUAUGGUAGUCAGGAUCAAGGCAAUCUCAUGAAAACAACUCAGGAUCUUUAAGAAGAAAGCAAAUGUGUUCCAGGAACAGGAAAUCUAUGGAAUAUAAUGGGUAAAUACCCAUGGGAACUUCUUGGGGUUUUUCCACGUUCAGUGUCCCCACCUGAGGUCCUGAGCAUGCUUGAGUUUCUAGUCCUAGCUCAUGUAGAAGUUCCAUAGUUCUGUACCUUUCACAGGCUGUGUAUUGUAAUUCUGGAAAAUCACAGGGAAACAGUUUUGCACCAAGCAUAUUUAUUCUUGCUUCCCCCCUCUUCUUACUCCUUUCACCUACACUUAAUUUAUUUUCUUAUAUAUAAUAAUGCUAAAAUAACUUUCAAUACUUUCAAACACCACACAGUUAUAAACAAGAAAAAUAAAUGUAAUGGGCUGAAGAUUCCAUCCCAAGUAAAUAU